UUCCACCUGCAGAUCCUGCCCGACGGCAGCGUGCGCGGCACCCGCCAGGACCACAGCCUCUUCGGUAUCCUUGAAUUCAUCAGUGUGGCAGUGGGACUGGUCAGUAUUAGAGGCGUGGACAGUGGCCUUUACCUUGGCAUGAAUGAGAAGGGAGAACUCUAUGGCUCGGAGAAACUAACUUCUGAAUGCAUCUUCAGGGAACAGUUUGAGGAAAACUGGUACAACACUUACUCAUCCAAUGUCUACAAACACGGAGAUUCGGGGCGGCGAUACUUCGUAGCACUUAACAAAGAUGGUACUCCCAGAGAUGGGGCAAGGUCCAAAAGACACCAGAAAUUCACACAUUUCUUGCCCCGGCCUGUGGAUCCUGAAAGAGUUCCAGAACUGUACAAAGAUGUGUUAGGAUACAGCUGA